UUUAACACGCGCGCGCGGUCACUCCUCUCCUCAGUGCGGGAUUCUCACUGCGACUCUCUGCUUCACACGCAACAUGGAUGUGAGAGUGAUCUUAGUGGCGGUUCUGGUAACAGUGACUAUUUACGGAAUCACUUCAGACGCCAAGCCUAUCAGCCUGGUUGAGAGGUGUUGGUGCCGUUCUACAGUCAACACGGUUCCACAGAGGAACAUCCGUGAGCUGAAGUUCGUCCACACACCCAACUGUCCUUUCCAAGUCAUUGCCAAACUGAAGAGCAAUAAAGAGGUGUGCCUUAAUCCUGAGACAAAAUGGCUACAGCAGUACAUCGAGAGAGCCCUUGAAAAAAUGAAGAAGGCCAAACAGAAUCAGUAAAGAAGCAGCUGGAUGGCAAGCCUAUUUGUGAGCCACCACUACAGAUAUGUACCUGAACAAUAUACUGCUCUGGCAUGCUUGCUGAACCAGCACUUAACCUGCAAACCUUGCUUCUCUCUCAAUGACUCGCCACAGCAUCAUCACCAUCUCUACCGUCGCUAUAGGCACCUCCUGUAUUAGCACAAUGUGCAAUUAUAUAUAUAUAUGUAUGAGUGUGUUUUUUACCUAUGAGAUGUAUAUACAAUGUUUUUUUUUUAUAUAUAUAUCGACUUAAAACAGUAAAGAGAUAUUUUUGGAGUUGCGUUUGCUCCUUGCCUGUCUGUUACAGAGUUAGGUAGCACUGAAUGUAAUACUGAUGAUUUUGGAGCAAACAUCCCAAACUCUGCAAACUCACAGGGUUUUUUACACUAUAUUAUACAAGAUGAAAAGUAAAGAGGGAAUCUCACACUGGUGCAGAGCUGAGCCCCAAUGGCAGCAUACCUAACCGGAAAGCAAAUAGGAAGGAAGUAGACGUUCUCCACCCAUUUAUUAAUCAUAUCUAAUUAACCCAUAUCUUAAAAAAUUGUAACACUGCAUAUUGCAUGUGAAUGUAACAUUAUAUGUAUAUAUACACACAAUUUUUUUUUUGCUUGUGCUUUUGUUCGCUGACUAACAGAGUGUUAUUUUAUACGAAAGGUUACCAAAAAACCCUGACCUUUGAUCAACCUAAGCAGUCUGAAUUCCUUUGGGGAACAUACUCCCUAAAAGUCGUUUGUGAGAAACGGAAAGGAAUGCUCUUUUUUUUUCUCAUUUCUAUCAUUGUGUACGCAAAGAAACAUCUGGAGUCACAAACCAACUUAAUUGAGCAACCAGUGUAUGGAAGGCAUAAAACUUGAAACAGAUUCACAUGCGUGCAGAAUCAGUAUGAAUUUAACCAGAAUAAGUUUGUUAAAUGCACGUAGAAUUGCAAACAAUACUGAAUCAAUUACUCAACCCAGUGAGUUAACAUCCCAUGAGAAAGCAAAGUCGGAUCUAAAUGAAAGUGAUUGUGAUUACUUUUUAUCUCCUAGCUA